CUUCGGAGAGCCCAAGGGGCAGAGCGGCGCGUUCUGCAAACUCAUUAUACGCCAAAAAAGAAAAAAGAACGAUGACUCUGUCCUAACGAAGACCGUCGUGGCACUCUGCGCUUUCACCUUCCCCGCCAUCUGCAGAAGAAGAAAAAAAGAAAAAGAAAAAGAAAAAGGAUGGAAUCUGACCUCAACCAGAGACGACCCUCUUGGUCAAAUUCUCGAUACUGAAAUAUAUAAUACGAACAAGGAGUGGGAAAGGUCAUGGUAUCCUAUAACUCGUCUGAAAAUAUCCACGGUGCAAGGGGCGAAUGAUGUGGAGGGACUGUGUUCACUUACUUGCAAAGAAGAAAUAAAUAUCCAAGGCAAUGAUAGAGACAGACCCUUUUGUUAAGUCUUCCUUUUUUUGUUCCUUUUUUUCCCAAUUAUUUAAUAUUUGGAAUAUCUAAUUGGUGGAAUGGUUGUUCGUGAUGUUUUUGGAAGAAAGUUAUCUUCCCAUAUCAGGCAAGUUCUCUCUCGCUUUCUCUCUCUCUGUUAUCUGGGUUUGUUUUUUAGUUGCGAUUUCCGGUCUUGAUAGGUCACUUGCAUGAGGAAUCAUGUAUAUUGAAUGCGGCAAAGGUCAGGCUGAGUAAUUGGGCUGUAUGGAACUGCCAGCUGAGAAAAGAUUUGCAUUUUCUGUUUCUGGGAAUGGAGAACUGGGUAGGAGACAGUCUGAUAAGCUUUUGAUGCCGGAGGAUCGUUUUCUUGAUCCAUAUAUGAAGAACAAGUGGCCAGAGACCUCUUCGCGCUCUUCUUUGGAUAAUAUGGAUGAGAAAGAUCCGAGGGCUUGUGUGACAUCCUCCUCUUGUUCCGAGCCUCCCAUUACUGCUGGGAGUGCUAACUUUAGUGUUCAGGAUGCUAGGCCCGUGGUCGAGGAGUUGACGGUGGAGAAUAUGCAUCAGAUGGCUUUGAGUAGCGGCCAUAUUGUUUUUAGGCAACGCCAGCUACAGCAUCUUCCUCAAAUGCUGAGUAGAAGUCUUGGCUCCCAAGAUAGCUCUCCAAUGAUGGCAAGGGUCAGUGAGGAAAAUGUGGGAAUGCCUUCGCAUUUACCGGUUCAAAAGCCUUUACUGAUCCGGGAAAUCGAUGAGCAGAUGUUAUCCAGUGAACAAUCUAGGGAGGCUGAGAAAAUCGUGAAGGGAAAGGGGAUUUUCAGCUGUUCCGCUGACGGGGUUAAAAACUGGGAACCUGAGAAGCUGAUUACUGAAGCUAAAGUAGCUUCUCCGGCAUCAUUGGAAGUGAUCCCAAGCACCGACAAGCCUUCACUGCAUGGUGUCAAUAAGUCUGGAUUGGGAAUUUCGCAUGAUGGGACUAACUUAAGAGAGUUGCUCAGACCGGGGUACCGCAAGAUAAACAAACUCGAGAGCUUGCAAUUGUUCAGGCAGAUAGUAGAGUUGGUGGAUUUUGCUCAUUCACAAGGUGUCGUUUUGCUUGAUUUAAGGCCUUCCCGCUUUGUUUUGCUUUCAUUGAACAAAAUCAGAUAUAUUGGUUCAUCGGCCAACAGAGAGGCAGCAACUGUCCUUAAUCAGGAUUUGAAAAGGAAAAGGCCGUGGAAGCAGGGUGAGCUACCUUUUUGCGUCUCAGGUGAAAAGCAACACAAACUUGGUCAAGACACAAAAGCUCUUUCAUAUCGGCAGUUCAGCUCCAGUCAAGGCUUUGGAAGCCAGAUACUUGCUGAGUUAGAUCCUAAUGUCACGGGUUGUCCAGAAUCAACACAUACCGUUGGGCCAUGUAAUACAAACUCGAGCCACCAAAUUCGAUCUGUUCUGUCUCAGUUGGAGGAGAGAUGGUAUACUAGUCCAGAGGAGCUCACUGAAAUGGGCUGCAUUGCUGCAUCUAACAUAUACAGCCUCGGCAUCCUACUUUUUGAGUUGCUCUGUUGCUUUGAGUCAUGGGAAGCUCAGUGUGUGAGAAUGUUGGACUUGAGUCACCGGAUUCUGCCGCCAAGUUUGCUUUCGGAGAACCCAAAGGAAGCUGGGUUUUGUCUUUGGCUUCUUCAUCCUGAAUAUGAUUCCCGUCCAAAGACGAGGGAAAUCCUACAGUCGGAAUUAUUACGUUCAUCAAAAUCACAUGAAUUGCACCAAAACGACCAUCCAGGGAUAUCUACCAGUGAAAAUGAUGCAGAAUCAGAGCUAUUACUUCACUUUUUGGUUUCACUUAAAGCUAAAAAAUUGAAGGAUGCCACCAAGUUAGCAGAAGAUAUAAGACACAUCGAAGAAGAUCUUAAAGAAAUGGAGAGAAGAUCCUAUUCAUUAACCUCCUCUUUGCAUAGUGAGAUGCCGACAGAGUUCCUUUCCGAAAAUCUCAUGACUUCCGGAAUUCUCAGGAGACCAUACCCGCUCCCAACUGGUGAAACAAACUUGCCAAGAAAUUUAAGGCAGCUUGAGGAUGCUUACUUUUUUGUGAGAUCUCAGUCACAAACUAGAAGAAGCUCUGCGGCGGCACAUCCUGACGAAGGAUUGCUAAGCAAUCGAGAGAGAUGGUCUGGGGUAUGGCAUGUAAAUCAGGACCUCAGUGUCAAGCAAAUGCCAUCUGAUCUUAAAAAAGAAUUUUAUGACGGUUUAUGCAAGUUUGCUCGGUAUAGUAAGUUUGAAGCACGGGGAGCAUUGAGAAGCGGAGAUCUUCUGAAUUCUGCAAAUGUGAUUCGAUCUAUAGGCUUUGACCGUGACGAGGAUUAUAUUGCAGCUGCUGGUGUGUCCAAGAAGAUAAAAAUCUACGAGUUUGCUGCUCUUUUAGAUGACUCAAUUGACCUACAUUAUCCAGCAGUCGAGAUGUCAAACAAUUCAAAGCUUAGCUGUGUUUGUUGGAACAGCUACAUGAGAAACUACCUGGCUUCAACUGAUUAUGAUGGCACAAUUAAGAUAUGGGAUGUGGGCACUGCUCAAGGAUUUUCACAACAUAUGGAGCACCAGAAGAGGGCUUGGUCUGUUGACUUCUCUCGAGCAGACCCUACGAAGUUUGCGAGCGGCAGUGAUGAUUGUUCUUUGAAGCUGUGGGCAAUCAAUGAGAAAAACUCGGUCGGCACCAUUUGGAACCCAGCCAAUGUCUGCUGUGUUCAGUUUUCUCCUCACUCGACUAAUCUGUUGGUUUUCGGAUGUGCUGAUAACAAAAUCUAUUGCUAUGAUCUUCGGCACACUCAGAUUCCUUGGUGCACUUUAGCUGGCCAUGGGAAAACAGUCAGCUAUAUUAAAUUUUUGGAUUCUGAAAGCAUUGUCUCUGCAUCCACGGACAACACCUUAAAGCUAUGGGAUCUAAAGAAAGCGAACUCAGAUGGGUUGUCCUCAAAUGCUUGCACCUUAACAUAUCGGGGUCAUACUAAUGAGAAGAAUUUUGUUGGUUUGUCCACUAUGGAUGGAUACAUAGCAUGCGGCUCAGAGACUAAUGAGGUUUAUAGUUUCUAUAGAUCCCUACCGAUGCCAAUCACUUCUCAUGCAUUUGGAUCUUCUGAUCCCAUUUCUGGAACCAAGAUUGGCAAUGAUGACGGUAAUUUCGUUUCGAGUGUUUGCUGGGGACAAAAGACAAAUAUGGUUGUCGCUGCCAAUUCUGCUGGAAGUUUGAAGAUCUUGCAGAUGGUUUGAGUUUUAAAAAAAAAAUAGUUUUGAUUCAAGUGUUUGCUGGGAACGGAAGACAUAUAAGAUUGUGGCUGCCAACUCUGCUGGAAGUUUGAAAUGUAGCGGAUGGUUUGAGGGGGAAAACAUGAUUUUCUCUUAACAGUCCUCAAGACAAACCUUUUGGAUUGGCUGGUAAGUUCGCCUUGUGACACGCAAGCUGUCUCGGGAACACAAAGAUAGAGAAAAUAUAAAUGGCUGAUCUAGCAGCACUUCAGUUUCUGUUAAUAUGUACGAUGUAGGAAUACGAAGCAGGACAGCAUGAGGCGAUCAAUCAGCUGAUCCUGGCACAAUCACAAGCUAUAACUUUCUUGGGGUGGCUCAACAAAAUGUGCAUGAAGCUGGGCUUCUGUGAUAGAGAGAGCAAGUGAUAUCUGAUGACUAUGUUUAUGCUGCAGUUUCUGAAUCUGAUAUUGAUUGGUUGCUCGUUGGCAAUCGUGCUCUUUCUACUUCAUGAGAAGCAGUGGGGGUUGGCUCAGCAUGGCAGGAGCAAAGAAAGGAACCCGAGUUGUUUUUGAACUUGUUUACUUUUCGUUGGUGACAGUCUAUACUCCAUAAUUUUGGUCAAGGUGAUAAAAAGGUUCCAUCGCCAGUUGCUGUUGGAAAAGAGUUAUUCAUCGCUAUCUGCAUCUCAAAAAAUGAAGCUUCAUUUGUGAGGAAUUUUAGAUUCUCUAAUUAUACUUGGUCUUGCUUCAUCCUCUACUCCAUGGACGAACAUAUGAAAUGAUUGGAAUUGAUUAGUGAUACUGACAUUUCUCUGAGGGAUGGAAUUUCUUAAACCCCCAAGAGGGUGACAACAAUGGUGAUCCUACUUACUAAUUCAGGCAUGAAUCCAUCUCAUUCAAAUACCGUCAUGCCAAGGAUUGGACAAGUGAAGGAUUUGUGGAUACAUGAAGCUUAGGCUUUCUUUCGGGUCCGUUUUCCAUAAUUUUAUAUUUUGCUGCAGAAUUGGAUGGAACAGAAAUCUAUUUGUGCGGUUGUUUUGGCUCAUAUCUCCUUGAAGAUGGCCAUCUGGAAUGCAGACUUAAUCUUUGUCGAAUUUCUCAAAGCAUAUAAUUGUAUGGCCUUUCAGAUAACAGGGUUUUCAGCAGACUAUUUGUUUACAAUAGCUUCAUGUCUUUUCACGCUAAGCUAGUAAGUUUUUCACCCCGGUUUGGAGAGAGCUGUGCUACAAAGUUUCUUGGGAAAAAAAGACUGGCUCAGGAGACUUUCAGCUAGGCGAGUGCAGUUCUUCUUCGCUCUCAGCUUGAGGUGAAUAUACAGGGACCAUCUUAGAGUGUGCAAUGUAAUUUUUUUGUUCUUUACAUUAUUCUAUGGUUUUCUUUGCGAAAAUCCAACUCGUAGCCAUUUUUAUACUCGAGAUAUCUUGAUGCAUCAAGAAUCUUUCCUUGUUCACCGUUUAGAAAUACAGCUGGUCUUGCUCUCCAGCUGCAAAAUCAUGUAAGUGAUCACAUUAUGAACUACAAUUUCAAAUGACGUGUGGAUCGAUCCUCAACCA